AUGUCGCAAUUAUCUCUUGAAAAGGAAGAAGAAAAUACUAUUGGUGCUCGUACGAGACGAGGUGGUCGUUCUAGAGGACGUGGGCUUCGUAGAGGAACUCGUAACAACUCUAGCGAUCUAGAUGAACAGGGUGAUUCUUUGAUGUUUGAAGAAGAAGAGGAAGAUUCUGAUCCAGAAUUUGAUGAUAUUCCCCGCCAUACAAAUAAAAGGAGAAGAAUUACGCAUAGUCGUCGACAUGGACAACAGCAUCAUGUUCCUAACGAUAUCGAUGAUAUCGACGAUUUUGAAGAGAAUACCAUAUUUCAAGCAUUGAGUGACUCUGAUGUGGCCGUUUCGGAACUUGCCGCAGAUUGGAUCGACGAUUUUGCUAAUGUUGAAGAUGAAACAACUAAACAGGAUGCAGUCAGGGAUCUUGUGAACUUUGUUUUGAGAAGCUGUGGAUGUGUGUCUAUGCUAAGUAGUCAUGAUGUAGCCGAUACUGAUCAUGCUGAUGAGACAAUUGCAGAGGUUCAACAAUUAUUCUUAAGUCAGGGGUCUCAUGAAUAUCCUCUAUGGUUAAGUUCAAGGAUGUCUAACAAGCAAUGGAAAGGAUUUAGAGAAAGGGCUUCUGAGUUCAUGAAGCAACUUCUUUUUGUUUCCAGUGAAAGAGGACUACUCUACGAAAACGAGGAAUUUAUGGAAACAAUUUUAGCCUGGCUUGGAACAAUGUCUGCGGUGAACGAACGGUCAAUGAGAUUCACUGCUACCUUCUACAGUAUUCAAUUGGAGAGUGCACUUUGUCAAAUUUAUGUGGAAACCGCCAAAUUUAUCAAUAGAUGUCAGAGACAGCUCACCUCAGAAAAGGAAAAUCUUAAAAAGACCUCAAAGAGCUCUAGAUCUUCCAAUUCUCGUUCUAUUGAUAGUGUCAACAAAAGAAUUGAAAGAGUUCAAUCCAACUUCGAUUCGUACUCUGAGAAGAAGCAGUAUCUUGAGAAGCAAGUUAAAAAUAUAUUCAACACAUUCUUUGUUCAUAGGUACAGAGAUACAAAUGCUAACCUUAGAAAGGAGUGUAUUUACCAUCUCGGUCUUUGGAUGAAACAGCUACCUGAGAUCUUCUUUAAACCGAUCUAUCUUCGAUACUUUGGAUGGUUGCUCACCGAUCCGGUACCAUCUGUUAGAAUUCAGGUCAUGAAGUCCUUAAUUCCUCUUUAUCAAAGGCCAAGUACUAUUUCUGCAUUGAGACUUUUUUCCAAUCAUUUCAAGGACAUUUUAUUGAAAAUGGCCACGCACGAGGUGGAUGUUCCUUUGGUGAAUGGAGCAAUCGCUCUACUUUCUGAAAUGGUCAAAAAUGGCUUUUUGGAUGACGAUCAAAUUCUAGAUGUAACUUCACUUCUCUUUUCUGAACAUUCUAUGGGCGAGGACGAUCUAAUGAAGAUUAACAAAGAGUUGGCCAAAUUUGUGUCUACCGUAGAGCAUGAACGGUUUAAAGAAUACACGGAGGGUCACAGUGCUACCAUCAAAGCUGUCAAUUCCACAAUGGAACUAGAUUUAAAUGAGAUGCUCAAAUUCAAGUUCUUAUCUCUAUUGCUUCAACAAGCCGAGGAGAAAUCUUUGAAUGAUGGCAACGUCAAAUCUUUCAGACAGUUGAAGUUGGUUGCUGAAGCAUUAUUUUCUGUUUUCAGAUAUAAUAUGAAAGGCCAGUCAUUAGAAUUCUUGAUUGAGUAUCUUUUAUUUGAUAUGUCUUCGUUGAUAGGCCUUGACUCUUCCUUGAAAUCAUCAAUUGAAUUGAGUUCUGCAGACCAAUUCCAUCUUUUAAACCUUAUUUACGGUGCUACAGAAGUGCUUGUAGAGGGGGAUAAGAACCAGAUCUACAAGUCUGUAAUAUCGAAGCGUGCCACAAGAUUCGUUGAUGUCGAGGGCCAAGUGCACGAUAGGGAUUACUACCUUGUCAAGAUCAUUACCAAGAUGCCCAAACUCGUUGACUUCUUCAACAAAAACGAGGAUACUCUCUCUAUGGUCACAUUAAUUGCCACUGCUUUGCUACCAACGCAAUCGGGGACAGAAACGAAUAUUUUUAGAGCCACAAACCAAGAACCUGCGCUGGUGAAGAUUGUGAUGGCUUUGAUCCAAUCAUUUGUUAACACCACUAUUCCUUUGCUUACAACUGAUGAUUGUGAUGACAUGUAUUUGAAUUCAAUGAACUACCCUUAUGGUUUAUUCUUCAAAUCGGUUCCCUGUGAAUAUCCUGAGAUUCGUCUUAGGAUGGAAGAAUUGAGCUCUGCAUUUAUAAAAUCCUUACAUGUGGCUAUGAAAAAUGAUAGUCAACAACAGAAAGACGGACAUUCGAAUAUUGAUGCAUUUACUUUGAACGUCAUCCGGCUAAGAUUAAUUUGUGAGAAUGCUACCGUUUUCGAGAAGGUUAUGGUGGAUUUGAUAGAUCAGAUAGAUGAUAUCUGUGCGUUCUUAUGCAAGAAUGUGGCUUCAACAGAUAAUGCAAGUAGUUUCCUUACAUCCACUUCUGGGAUUUUGAAAAAGGUGGUACUUCAGAAUUUUGCUGAAAUGGUGAACCAUGCGGCAGAUUACAUUAAAGAGAGAACUGACGACAAAGAUCUUCCAGAGCAUGUUAUCACACUUAUCCCGAAAACAAGGGUGAUCACCUCCUCACUACUUAUGAUCAUAGAGGAUGAAGAACACGUUAGUUUUGAAUCUUGGUUCAAUGCAUGUAUCGACUACUCAGAAAUCAUGGCUAUAUUGACGUUGAUUGAAAAACAGUUUCUUGAAUACUACUCUUCAAAAUCGAAGGAUGGUGCAUUGCUUAAGCACCAGGUUGACCAUGCCCUUGGUGAUCUAAGUCGAAUGUCCCAGAUUCCUGACAUUGCUCAAGAGAAACUCGUUAAAUGCUUUGCUGAAAAGGAGUUUCAGUAUGCCCAAGCCAAUAACUUACAGGAUGAGAUCAGCAUACCUCUUUCAGAGCGGAAUGAUAUUCAUAAGUCUUUCGAAGAACAGGGUGACGAUGUCGACCACUCUAUACAUUUAUUAAAAGAUCUAUGCCAUAUUGGUGCCGCAAUGAAAAUGCUUUCGGAUUCCGGUGCUGCUGAUAAGGCCUUGGCUAACAGGGUGGAGAGAAAUGCGGGACCUCUAGGAGACGAGUACCGAUACUGCCUUAUUAACAGUAGGACAGGACUGGAUGAUAUGCUGUCUAUAUUCAGGUCUUCGGUGGAAGACAGGUUGGACGAUCAUGGUAGUGAGAAUAUCACUAUAUGA